UCUGCGUAUUUGUAUAAGUAGUAACACUCCGGUCUGAUGUGAUGAUUAAAGGAAAAGAGUAGUACAGGUUAAAUUUUUCACAUUCGAAUUUGAAUUUUUUUCAUGAUGAUGGUUAUGGAAGUGAGGUGUUGGGAUGUUAACUCUUUAGGGCUUUGGUUUUAAAAGUCAUGUGACAUAAUCAUAUCUAAGAAAACAGUCACAUUCACUGCUCACCCAUGCUUCUGCCAUUUCAGCACUGAAAAACUCUUUUUUUCGCCCCAAAAUUUCGCGACUGAAUCGCUGUGAUUUUUUUUGGCUGGGAGCGUGGCCCUGGCCAGUUUUUUGUAUAGGAACUGGGAAACAUUUUCCAAAAAACCAAUCAUUUGAACAACUUUCGAGUCGAAGCUAUUAUCAACACAUCAAAUUCACGAAAGCAUUAAACAAUGAAGGUUGAAGUCGAUUCAUUCUCAGGUUCAAAAAUCUACCCAGGUAGAGGUACCUUAUUCAUCCGUGGGGACUCUAAAAUCUUCAGAUUCCAAAACUCAAAAUCUGCUUCUUUAUUCCAUCAAAGAAAAAAUCCAAGAAGAAUCUCAUGGACUGUCUUGUAUAGACGUCAACACAAAAAAGGUAUUACUGAAGAAGUUGCCAAAAAACGUUCAAGAAAAUCCGUCAAGAACCAAAGAGCUAUUGUUGGUGCUUCUUUAGAAUUAAUUAAAGAAAGACGUGCUCACAAACCAGAAUUCAGAAAAGCUCAAAGAGAUGCUGCUUUAAAAGCUGAAAAAGAAAAAAGAAAAGCCGACAAAGCUGCUAGAAAAGCUGAUAAAGCUAAAUUAGCUGGUGCUCAAGGUCAAGCUGCUAAAAUUUCUAAACAACAAGCUAAAGGUGCCUUCCAAAAAGUUGCUGCCACUUCCCGUUAAGAAAUGAAAUCAAAUAAUUUGGAAUUAAGAAAUAUAUAUUAAAUGGAUUAACACAUUGAUGUAUUGAUUUUGUUUUAUUUUUGGUUCUUUUUCUUUUCUCGGUUGCUUAUAGUGUUCUAAUAUAUUGUUAUUUUUUUUGAUACAAGAUGAUGAGAAAUGGAGUACAAAAGUAGUUGAUGGAUUCAAAUUAUGCAAAAAUCUUUAUAUCAUAUGUUGUGAUUUUAUUUUUUAUUGUUGAUUAGUUUUUAUUUUUAAUGAAGGUGGGUUUGAUAUG